AUGCGCGUUACGGAACGUGGCCAAAAUCUUCGUGCGAUGCGUACAGGCGUACUUACUGCGUCACUGCGUCAGUUACGUCAGUAGUGUCACUGUCAAUACGUCAAUACUGUCAGUCAGCGAGUUCUCCCGGAGAACUCCGAGUUUGCAUGGUCGCAGCGAUAGCUGUAUUUUAGCUGCCGUGACUCGUAACCCUAAAAAGCGGUAUUGCACAAUGACACGUGGCCCUGCCCCUGCGUCGGUGACUUCGUAAUUUAAUUAUAUUCCUAGCAAUUCCUAGUGCGUCUGUCAGCUGUCAGCGUCGUGCGCCAAGUCGCGCCGUAAGAAAUGCAUCCGUUGUACGUCGUCGUCGGUGCGCUACUCUGCGCGUCUUCGCUCGUCUGCGGGAGCGAGCUCGAAUACGACGGCUGGCUGCAGUUGAGGUUAGGGCACGCGUUCAACGACGACCCGGUGCCCGUGUUCACGGAACGGGGAAACAUCACGGUGUCCAGCGUGCGUAGCGGCGCGUCCGUCGUCGGGCAGAACGGUCUGCUGCCGGCCCAGAUAAGCGCCCUGAAAAAUCUUGCCGAGCACGACGGCAAGUACAGACUGAAGGCGCUGGCUCGCACCUCUUCCGGCAGCGAAAUCGUGUUCCUCACCUCGGUGCCAGCGUGCUACCUGCUUGGCUCGGAUCUGGAAGACGUCAUGACGAUAUGGCUGGACAGUACAGCAGAGCCGAUAGCUGUGAGCAUUUCAUCCACGGGACCCUGUACGCUAGAUAAUCCCUUCACGAACAUGUGGACCACCAAUGUUGUGGUCAAAUAUCCGGAUGGCGGUCCAAUCCCAGACACCGCUAUGUAUAUCCAGAAGCUCGAACGGGAACGAGAAGCAAGGGAGAGAGGGGAAACCAAAGACAAUCGUUCAUUCCUUGCGAAAUACUGGAUGUACAUCGUUCCUUUCUUGAUUUUUCUGCUGUUAUCAUCCGCGACGAAUCCAGAAGCUGGCGGAAGUGCACAAAGACAAUGAUCUAAUAAAAAUAAUUUGUGCCUGCGGGUGCAUUUUACCCCAAAGAGUGGUCUUGUGGAAAUUAUUCAAAUUUAUAGUAUAAUUUCAUAAAGUG